CAGCAGUGUUGUCCUCCUGGAGACACACGUGCACUUAAAGGUAUUUAUAUAUGCAAGCUUAGGGAUUUUUAUUCCUAAUUUAUAUCCGUCACUAUUUCUGAGGUAUUUCUUGGUUAACGUUAGCUUGUUAGCUGUGUAACUGUACAGUUUGAAAGAAUGGUAGUGUGUCCAUGUAAUCUUGUUUUAAGUUAGCACCUAUGGUUAGCACAUAGUUAUUAGCUUUAGUUCAACGUUAUUUGCAGUCAUGAAGGGAAAAUGGAAGCAAAACAGCAAAAAGAAAAAAGGAAACGCGGUUUUACAGAAGUACAUGGUGGCAGUGGAUGACUUUAUCAAAAAAAGUGGCACCGAAGAGGGUGAGAAUGACCAUGGAUUGAGAUUCGUAAAAAAGAAAAGUAGAAAGGAGCUUCGAAAAGAAAAACGUAAGUUGAAAAAGGCCAGAAUGAAAAGUCAUUACGAGGGUAAAAAGACCCCCAAUUUACCCACUGAUGCUGGUGACCACCCAGGAACACCAGCUGAUAAGAAACAGCUGCAGAAGAAGAAGAAAAAUAAGCAAAAGGAGACCGCAAAGAAAGAUGUGUCAAAAACUCCAACAGAGAAAUCACACAAAGCACCAUCAUCAUCCCAGAAAGGCACUAAAAUCAAUAAGCUCCAAGAAUCCAGAAAAAAAGCUCUUUUAGAGGCGAAUGAAGAUGAGGACAGAGAAAUUAAGAAACUUGAGCGUUGUCUGGGAUUAAACAAGAGGAAGAACAAGAAAAGUCUUCCUCAGUCCUUUGUGGCUGAUGGGCUGGAUUAUAUCCUGGGUAUGCUGGACUCUGGCUCAUCAGCUGCAGGUAUGUACGAUGAUGAUGAUGACAUGGACGUGGCCAAGGAGAACUUUGAAAAGCUUGAUGAGAAUGAGUCUCAAUCUUCAGAUGAAGAAGGAGAACCUGGACAUGAGAUGGCAGGUGAAGUCAGUGAUGAAGAUAUGGGUUCAUUUGAUGAUGAAAAGGAAGAAGAGGAUGAAAUAGACAGUAAUGAUGAAGAUGAGGGAGAGGAGGAUGAAAUAGGCAGUAAUGAUGAAGAUGAGGGAGAAGAGGAUGAAAUAGGCAGUAAUGAUGAGGAUGAGGGAGAAGAGGAUGAAUAUGAUGAGGAGGAUAACCAAGAAGAGAGUGAUGCUGCUGACUCCGACAAUGAAAACGAGGAGGGAAUGGCAGAAGAUGCAGACACUACAAGUAUUCUGACAGACUCAAAGUCUGGGAUGGUAAAUCCUCCAGCUGGUAAAUAUGUGCCGCCUCACUUGAGAAACACUGGAGAUGAUAAACGUAAGGCAGAGCUUGAGAAACUGAAGAGGAAUGUGAAAGGCCUGCUGAACAGGCUGAGUGAGCCCAACAUGGCAUCUAUCAGCAGCCAACUCGAGGAGCUUUACAUGAGCUGCAGCAGGAAGGACAUGAAUGACACCCUAACAGAAGUGAUGCUAGCUGCCUGUGUCACCCCGACUCUUAUGCCUGACAGGCUGCUGAUGGAGCAUGUCCUGCUUGUCAGUGUCCUCCAUCACACCGUUGGGUUAGAGGUGGGGGCUCAUUUCCUGGAAACAGUGGUGCGAAAGUUUGAUGAGAUGUACAAAAAACAGACUGAAAGCAAGGAGUGUGACAACCUGGUCGCCAUCAUUGGUCACCUCUAUAACUUCCAGGUGGUACAUUCUGUCCUCAUCUUCGACAUCCUCAAACUUCUGGUUGGGACCUUUACAGAGAAGGAUGUUGAGCUGGUUUUGUUUGUGCUCCGUAAUGUGGGCUUUGGCCUGAGAAAGGACGACGCUUUGGCUCUGAAGGAGCUCAUCUCUGAGGGUCAACGCAAAGCCAGUGACAUGGGGUCAAAAUUUCAGGAUCAGACCAGAGUGCGCUUUAUGCUUGAAACCAUGCUAGCUCUGAAGAACAAUGAUAUGAGGAAGAUUCCGGGCUAUGACCCAGAGCCUGUGGAGAGGCUGAGGAAGCUGCAAAGGACUCUGAUCAACCGCAGUGCAGGCGGCAGCGACAUGAAGCUGAGGGUGUCUCUGGAAAAUCUCCUGGCAGCAGAGCAGGUGGGCCGGUGGUGGAUCGUCGGCUCAUCAUGGAGUGGGGCGCCCAUGAUCAGUAAGGAACAAGGGAACGAGACAUCCAAACCUUGCUCAGCUGAAGGACAGUUUAGUGCCAAAGUCCUGGAUCUAGCUCGGAAACAGAGGAUGAACACUGAGGUCAGAAGAAACAUCUUCUGUGUGAUUAUGACCAGCGAGGAUUAUCUGGAUGCAUUUGAAAAGCUGCUCAGGAUGGGCCUGAAGGACAAGCAGGAGAGGGAGAUCGUUCACGUUCUUAUGGACUGCUGUCUGCAGGAGAAAACCUUCAAUGCUUAUUACGCCGUGCUGGGGGAGAAAUUCUGCUCACAUGAUCGACGCUUCCAGAUGACUUUCCAGUUCAGCCUAUGGGACAAGUUCAGGGAGCUGUCCAACCUUCCCAGCAGCACCUUCAACAACCUGGUCCAGCUGGUCACCCGCUUCCUUCAAAGGAAGUGCCUCUCAUUGUCAAUUCUAAAAGUUAUAGAGUUUGGAGAACUCGAUAAACCCACAGUGCGCUUCUUGCGUCAGGUGCUAACUAAACUACUAAAAGAAACCGAGCCUGAGGACCUCGCCAGCAUAUUUGGAAGGAUUUCAGGAAUUCCCAAGCUAGGAAUGCUGCGGGAGGGCUUGAAGCUUUUCAUCAGUCACUUUCUGCUGAAGAACGCUCAGACACAGGGAGCAGCUGAGCAAGCAUCGGUGCUGUUGGAGCGCGCACAGGUCGCCUCCAGAGCCAUGGAGGCCAAAGAGGCCAAGCUCAAACUGUAACUCUCUCACACAGUCACACAAACCCAACAGAUUUAAAUAAAGUGGAACGAAAGAAGGCUGGUAAAGAAUUAUUUCUCAAACCCACAAUUUCUCUGUAGGUAAAUGUUUUUUUAAUAUUGUUUUUUACCUCGGGGAGUUCUUGUACAUAAAUGAUACCAUGAAGAUUUUUUAAUCUGGAUGAUACCCAUGCCUUUGGAGAUGCACUGUGAUGACUAUUUUUUUUAAAUACAGUGUGUAUUUGUCUAGUUCUGCAAUAUUCUGCAAUAAAUAACUAAAUAUGUGCAUAA